GUUGCGUGGUUUCCCAGCUCAGUCGAACUGUACUGUGCCUCCUCUCCUCUGCUCCUUCCAUGGCCGUGGGCGUGGACAAGCCUCAAGAAGAAGCUUCCAUUGCCCGUUUCUACAAGGUUGUUCUCAGCUGGGACUAUUUUCGUCUCAUCAAAGAAUCUAACAAGAGGAAGCGAGAAUUAAAGGAAGGAGGUACUUUGGGGCUGAAGAAAGUCAAGGAUAGGUACGACGACGUUGAUGAUUACAUCUCUACUUUUGAGCCUCUUCUUUUCGAAGAAGUUAAAGCUCAGAUUUGUCAGAAGAAAGACGACGAUGAAGUGACAGAAUGGGAGAGCAGAGUGGUCGUGGAUUGCAAUGAGGUUGAUGGGUUUCACUUAGCAGUUGUUAAUUAUGCUAAUGAAGAAUUUAUUUCGCAGAAUGAUCUAUUGCUUCUUUCUAAAGUCAAGUUUCAAGAGGGUGCAAGACUUCCAACAGCAUAUGUAUUUGCUUUUGUGGAAAGUUGCCAAAACAACCGUAUCAUACUUAGAAUGUUUCUGGCUGGAGAAUUCACACCUGGGAAAAAAGAUGUCAUUGAGAAUUCGUCAAGGCUUUCAAGUGUGCGGUCCUUGAUUACAUCUAACAAUGAAGCAGACCGACUCUUUUACAGUAUGAAGAUAUGCAGUUUAUCAACUAUUACUCGUGAGUAUGUAGCUCUGCAAUCAAUUGGCUCUCUCCCUUUUAAGGAUUUGAUAAUAACAGCAACUGAAAAGAAAAUUGAUUUGGAAGAUCAUGCCUGGAAAAUAUCUAGACCUCUGGAGGAAUAUAUAAAAGACACUCUUAAUAAUUCUCAAUGGGAUGCUAUACAGGCAGGUCUGUCGCGCAAGCCUUUUGUUCUGAUACAGGGUCCUCCAGGAACAGGAAAGACACAAACCAUCCUUGGGAUUCUAAGUGCAAUAUUGCAUGCAACUCCAGCAAGACUGCAUUCCAGGCGUGGGUUGCUGGCCAUAAAGCGUGGACCAAAAUUAUCUGUUCAUGAAACGAACAAUCAUUGGGGACGAGCAGCUCCAUGGCUUGGAGGUAGUAAUCCAAGAGAUGACAUAGUGCCUAUUGAUGGUGAUGAUGGUUUUUUCCCAACCUCAGGAAAUGAAUUGAAACCAGAACAAGUCAAUUCCAGCCGUAAAUAUCGUGUACGCGUCCUUGUAUGUGCCCCUUCAAACUCUGCACUAGAUGAGAUUGUAUUGCGAGUUUUAAACAAUGGCGUUCGUGAUGAAAAUGAUCGCUCCUAUAACCCUAAAAUUGUUCGGAUUGGUCUUAAGGCACAUCAUUCCGUCCGUGCGGUUUCCAUGGAUUAUCUGUUAAAGCAAAAGAAUGAAAGCAUGGAGGCUGAUAAAGAGAGAUUUGGAGCUGCAGGAAGGGAUAGGGAUAGUGUUCGUGCUGCAAUCUUGGAGGAGGCUGUAAUUGUUUUCUCCACGCUAAGUUUCAGUGGUUCAGCUCUUUUCAGUAAAUGGAAUCGUGGUUUUGAUGUUGUUAUAAUAGAUGAAGCUGCCCAAGCUGUAGAACCAGCUAUUCUUGUUCCACUGGCCAAUGGAUGCAAACAAGUAUUUCUGGUUGGUGAUCCAGUUCAACUGCCGGCUACUGUAAUUUCUCCAAUUGCCGGAGAUUUUGGAUAUGGUAUGAGUAUGUUCGAGAGAUUUCAGAAGGCUGGCUAUCCAGUGACCAUGCUCAAAACCCAGUACCGAAUGCAUCCAGAGAUAAGGAGCUUUCCUUCAGGGGAGUUUUAUGCAGAGUCAUUGGAAGAUGGUCCUAACGUUAAAGAUCAGACAAGGCGUUUGUGGCAUGACUAUCGAUGUUUUGGACCAUUUUGCUUCUUUAACUUGCACGAAGGGAAAGAAUCUAAACCCCCAGGAAGUGGGUCAUGGAUAAAUAAUGAUGAGGUUGAAUUUGUUUUCCUCUUGUUUCAGAAAUUAGUUAGUGCAUACCCAGAGCUCAAAUCAAGUCAGCAAUUUGCAAUUAUAUCCCCAUACAGUGCACAAGUAAAUCUCUUGAAAGAACGUUUUAAGACGACUUUCGGAGUUGAUUCAGAGAAAGUAGUGGAUAUCACUACUGUUGAUGGUUGCCAGGGUCGUGAGAAGGAUGUUGCCAUAUUUUCUUGUGUUAGGGCAAGUGAGAAAAACGGCAUUGGAUUUGUGGCUGAUUUUCGGAGAAUGAAUGUCGGCAUAACUAGAGCAAAGUCUUCUGUCUUGGUUGUUGGAUCUGCAUCGACACUAAAAAGGGGCGAUGAGCAUUGGAAUAACCUAGUGCAAAGUGCAGAAAAGAGGGACUGCAUGUUCAAGGUAUCGAAGCCGUAUGCUUCAUUUUUCAGCGAAGAGAAUAUAAAAUCCAUGGCAGUGAAAGAAGAGGCCCCAGCAGCAUCAGGGAAGGCAACACAUAAUGCUGAAGAGGAGAACAAUGCAGCUGCUGCAUACAAUCCAGGGGAAGCUGAUCAUGCACAAGCUGAAGACAAUGAUUAUGGAGAUGGGGACAUGGACAUGGAUGAUGGAGGAGGAGGCAUGGAUGAUGAAUGAGUCCCCAACUAUUCAACUAACACCCAAAAGAGAUGUAAAUUUAUAUCUAUUUUUUUUUAUUUGAGUAUUUUUCAUUUUUAUUCUUAUAAUAGUAUAACCCAACAGUGGAAAAUUUUGGAACAUUCUGCAUAAUGCUUAUGUAUCAACAAGUCAUUGUGUUCACAAACAUUACCACACUUGAUAACUUAUGGUACAUUAUUAUUAUAGCUUUGUCAUGACUCAUGCUGAUUUGAUUGCCUAACACUUGAUCAAUAAGACUUUUUUCAUUUUUA